CUCAAUUGGAUCUUUUCAGCUGCGGACGGCACGGCAGGCACUUAUGUGACUGGUGGGCGGCCCUUUGGCCACCGCCUUCUGUCUACGGUAGUGCGACAAAUAGCAUAUAUAGAGCUUCUUCUUCGUUACGAAUUCACCCAUCCAUCCAUCCUCACAAAAAACCACACAUUCCUACCGACGAGUGCCCACGUCUCCCCCUCUCUCCCUCUCCCUGUCCCUCUCCCUCAGCAAAAGUCACGCCGAAAGAUUCGCAUCGUGUGUUCGCUUCGCUCGCGGAGCGUCCAACCAUAUCUACUUAGGCAAUUACUGACACGUAUGUGUGUGUGUGUAGAAACUCACUCACACCUCCCUCCCUCCCUCCCUCCCUCCCAGCGCCCCAUAUAUCGGAGCACAAGCCAACACAACACAAUACAAUAGCCCCCAAUACGCCACUACUAAGGUUUUGCACUCGCUCUACAGGCUGAUCGUGUCAUUCCCGCCAGCAGCCUCCUCGGCCUCCAGGAAUGACGCCAGUGGCGGCGGCUUGAGGAAGCCCCACCACGGCCGCCGACGCACACGCACAAUCCCCGCUAUCGUGCCGGUGAUGAUCUCAUCCGGGCCGAUCUCGGUCGCCGCAUACGCCGAAUUGGUGAACGGGCCUGCAGUAGAUGCGAUGCGAUGCGAUGCGACAUAGUCACAGACACACACACACACACACAUGAUUGCUGUGGGUGGAAUGGAAUGGGCUACCAGAUCCGAUGGGGUGGCUGAUGACGUGUUCGCCGGUCUUCCAGUCGAGGGCCUCCAGCGUCCAGACGCCCUGCAAUCACAGACAGAUACACACGUGAGCAUGAAGACUCUGUCUCUGUCUGGGUCUGUGUCGUGUGCGUUGAUAUCCUAUCCUUGCCUGUAGGGGUGCCGCCGGCCUGUUUGUGAGCAGCCGCCGCUUGCCAACGCCAUACAUCAGACCUGCCAACACACACACACACACACAGAGAGAGAGAGAGAGAGAUGGAUUUGGUGUCUGGGUGGCGCCAGGAAGGUCGGCCGAGCAGACAGACAGACCUGAGGAUGCGCUCAUGCAGGGGAUGCCGUUGGGUAUGGAGACGUCCGGGUUGGCCCACACGGAGCGUAUCCUGUUGGUGAACUUGUUGAACUCAAACUGCUCCACACCAUAAGGCGCGUCGCCCACCAGCACCGGCCACUGCAGCACACACACACACACACACACAGAGAGAGAGAGAGAGAGGCCAGGAUGGACGCCAUAAGGCCUCGUUGGCUGCACCUGGUUUCUCAGAAUGCCGAACAGCACAUUGUCUGCAAUAAUCGACGGGAAGGGAAAGGACACAGUGAGUGCAUGGCAUGGGGAGGGAGGGAGUCCUUUCUUUUCUCACUGACCCACCAGGCUCAUCGAUGACAGUGGCCGGUUUGCCCAGCAGCAGCGGCCGCCGCUCGCGCAGCCCCGAUGUCCUGAAUAUCUCCCUGACCACCCGGCCCUCGGCCUCAACCACCAUGCCCGUGUUGUUGACGGCCUCGCCCUCACUCUCGGCCAGGAAAUUGUAUCUGUCGAGGUUUCGGAUCGUCGCCCACCUCUGUCGCGUCACCUCGUUGUUGACCACGGCGAACCGCCAGCCGUUGACAAGGACGGACUGCUCGCUGACGGACGACUCGGCCCAGGGGUCUGUGCAGCAUCGGGGGCAGUCACAUCACACACACAUGGGUGGCAUCGAGAGAGAUGGUGGGGUGGGUGGGUGCUUGCAGGUCUUUCCAGGCUCACCGCCAAAUGUGACGGGAUACUGGUCGCAGAUCUUGCCGGUCUCUGGAGAGAGGGAGAGAGAGAAAGGGGGCAGGGUCAGUCAUCAUGUGAUUGAUAUGUCUGCGUGCAUUGGAUGGAUUGGUGUGUGUGUGGUGCCGACCGACCAGCGUCGAAGACGACGACAUGCAUGAGCUUUUGCCCGUCAGUAAUAACGACAUAGCGGCCCACAUUCUUGUCGCCCAUGAUGCUCGGCGUGCUGCCGCUUCCCUGCAGACACCAACAGCACAGCACAACACAAGACAGCUAAUAAAUCGUCGCUGUGUGUGGGUGUGUGUGGGUGUGUGGGUGUGUGUGUGGGUGUGUGGGUGUGUGGGUGGGUGUGUGGGUGUGUGUGUGGUUGUGACCUCUCCGAGUCGCGACAGCUGGUUCCCCGCUGUCGUCUUGUAAGGGGUCUCCCAGGCCAGCGUGAGCUCCAUCGAUUUGGGGUCCCACACCACUUUGUGCAGCUUCUUGUUGCUCACCACAUAGAUGCCGCCGUCCUCGUCAACCUACACACACCACACAGGCACCCCUUGCAAGAAACAGAAGACGCUCACGGUCCUCUUCCUCGCACCUGUAUGUUGUUUGAGACCUCAGUGUCGUCCUCUCCCUCUCCCAGCUGGAGGUAUGCCAGCGUGUUGCGGCCGCCGAACAUCCUGGAUGGGUCGAAGAUGCUGCUCUCCGUCACGCCCACCUUGCCCAGGUUGGUUGCGAAGGCGAGACGGCCGUCGUAUGUCACUGCAGGGAUGGACAGACAGAUGCACACACAUGGGGUGAGCGAGGGAUGGGACACUCUGUGUGUGUGUGUGUGGGGGGGGAGGGGUGUUCGUUGCUAUCGCGUCUGUCUCACUUUGUAGAGCGCGGAUGACUUCCUUCUUGGAUUCGGACCCCUCUGCGAACACAUAGGGUUUGGGGUGCCGCUUGAUGUGGUCGCCCAAGGGCAGCUUGGUCGUGUCGUCCAGGUAGGCCUCGAUCCGCAGACCAGUGGCUGUGAAGAACACACCCUGCACACACACCACACCACACCACCCCACCACCACCCAUGGCUGCAUGGCAGUCAGUCAGUCAGUCAGUCGUGUGUGUGCCUGCAGCACAUACCUCGUGGGAGAGCAGCGAAUAGGCCCCGUGGAAGACCUGCAUGGACCACCAGCACACCACAAGCCUCAUUCACGCGUUUCUCCGUGCCGGACAGUGCGUCUCACUCACAUCGCCAAAAAUGUCCUCGACGGGCUUCUCCACAAAUCCCGCCAGCCGCAUCUCCGGCCCGGUGCGGUCAAUCUUGAACCUGCCCCACCAGACAAACAAACAAGGCCAGCCAUGCGAUGGGGCAACAGGCAGGCCCAAGCACGGUUGCUGUCUUGUUGGCUCACACAGUGGUCCAGGAUGACCCCCAGAGGUACUUGAGGUCCUCGGUAUAGAACAGAUUGAUGGGAUUCAGCACCUAAACACACACACAGAGGAGAGGAGAGGAGCGCGACGGCCAUCCACACCCACACCCGCACCCACACCCACACCCACACCGUCAUGCCACACGCCACCACUGCCUACCAGGAAGCCUUCGUUGAGGAAGUCAUGUUGGAGUUCAUCGGCAUCGGCCUCCUCCAGUGACCGCAGUGGAGUCGACCCCUGACUGCAAUCACACACAGACACCCGCAUUGAGCGUCCUCGAAGACAAUUAUCUAGAUGCUUACGAGUACGGCGUCCUGUGGCUGGUCGGCCACGGUGAAGCCGCGAGGUACGAGUUGACCUUUCCACAGAGCACCGACGGCAGCUCGCUGCCGUCUGAGCUGCCGUCAUAGCAAAUCGUCUCCUCCUCCCUCGUCAGCCUCUCGCUCUCCCGCAGUGCCGUCAGGUAGUCCACCAGGUUCUCCACCAGAAAUGGGAGGCUGGCCUGCUGCUCCGAUGGCUGCUGCUGGUCGUUCACCGGCUGGAGGAAGGGGGCGUCCUCCACGGCAGCAGCUGUCAGGCUCAGGAAGGCCAGCGUCAUCCCCACGACGCAAAGGCGAGAUCUUCUCCGUUUCGGCAUGGCGUUCCCGACAGCCGCUCCUCCGCCAGCCGGCUGACCUCGCUGCAGUGUUUCAGGUGCCCUCCUUGCUUGCUGAUCAAGGUGCGAAUCACACACGCUGUUCACCC